GAGAACAUUUUCAAAGAGAUGUUUGACCAGGCCACGACUAUGGGCGAUGGGAACCACCGCUGUGGUCCCAACCCACUGUGUCCGGACAGGAUGGAAACAAAGUGUCGUUCCGAGAUAGGGAACCGGUCUCCGGUUCAGAGCUCCACCGACACCCCGGGAACAUCAGCAUCCACGCCGACUUCCUCCAGCGAAGACGGGCAUGACAAACUUUUGGGAGUGGACCCUGACUACUGCCGGAGGAUUUUAGUAAGAGACGCCAAAGGCACCAUCCGUGAGAUCGUCCUGCCCAAGGGCCUCGACCUGGACCGGCCCAAACGCACGCGGACCUCCUUCACGGCCGAACAGCUGUACCGGCUCGAGCUCGAGUUCCAGAGGUGCCAGUACGUAGUGGGGCGCGAGCGCACGGAGCUCGCGAGACAGCUGAAUCUCUCGGAAACGCAGGUGAAGGUGUGGUUCCAGAACCGCAGAACCAAACAGAAGAAGGACACCACCAAGGAUUCAGACAAGCGCUCCUCCUCCACGUCUGAGUCUUUGGCCACCUGCAACAUCCUGCGCCUCCUAGAGCAGGGGCGCCUCCUGUCGGGCCCCGCCCCCCCACCACCUAACUCUCUCCUGGGGCCUCCAUCUCAUCCGGCAAAUGGCUCCCUGCUGAGCAGCCCGGGUGGAGGCUCUUCCACCUCUCCAGGGAUCAGCAGCAGCACCCCUCCCAGCUCCCUACCAGGAGGGACGUUCGGGCUUUCUCUGCCCUCGCUGGGGGGCACCCCGCCCUCCCCGCGGCUGGGUGUCCCGCCACCUCACCCCCUCUGCUUCUCCAUGCCGCUGCUGGGGAGCGCUCACCACGAACUGUCGUCCUCCUACGGCUGCGGCUCUUCAGCGUUUGAGCCGUACAUGCGGCUGGACAGGAAGGAGGCAGACCUGGGUGGGAAGAAGACAGUUUCUUAAGUGUAACGUCCCUCUUUCAGGGGACGACAGCGGGAGCAGCGCUCGUCUUUGGAAGAGUUUUUCUCCUCAGUCUCUCUCCCCGCCACCUGUUUGACUCUUGAGUGGCUGCAGCAAGGCAAAGAAAGCAGCCCGGUUCAUAGAAGUGUGAAAAAAAGAAAAGAGAGGAAGUCGCUUUCUUACAGCACCAUUUUGUGCCACUGCACUGUUUGGCACACUGACACAAAAUGGUGAAAAGGACUUGAUGUGGUAGGAAGUGAUGAUUUCACCCUCCCACAUAAAAAAAACAAACAAACUUGUGGAUUUUUGAAAAAAAAAAAAAAAUGCCAUGUGUGUAUGUUGCGUGAACUCCGACAGGCAGAUGUUUUUAUCGCCACUCUCUUUGCAGUGGUUUUAAGCGACUCUUCACUUUUUGUCCAGUGAGUGUGUGUGUGUGUGAUUUUUCUCUCUAUACAGGCCUUCAUUUACUGUUCAGGAUUAAAAAAAAAAAAACAAAACAAAAAAUGAGAAGAGCGGUAUUUCAAAGAGAGCUUUAUGUACACAUUUCUAUUCCUGUACACGUGGCCAUGUUUGAUUUUAGUUGAUGUGUUUUCACGAUAAUAAUAAGAAUAAGAAAAAAAAAAAAGAACUGUAGCAUUUUAAUAUCAGUCUGUUUGGUGUCCAGCUGUAGUUUUUGUAAAAGUUUCUUUGGUUGUGUUUGUGUAUGAAACAUAAUGUGGUAGGAUCUGGACAAAUGGUGCAAAAAUCACAUAUCUAGAUCUAACAGUUUAACAUGAAAAGAAAGCUGAAAAGAAGGCUGGUUAGUGUCUGCCAAAGCGUUUACGGAUAAAGCUUCGAGAGGCGCCUCACGUGCGUUCUCCGGUCGGUGAAGUAAGUCAAGGUCGGGCUGAGAGAGAUGACCUUUGAACCCAGGCCAGCGGUCUCAGUUUGACCUUUGUAAUCUCGUCUUCAAGACGCUGAGACCGAGAAAGUUUUCAGAGGCAUAAAGAAUGAGCACCGACUCUCAGUGCAGAGAUCUCUGCACUUAAGAUGCAUCUCCAUCGUUAAGUCAUCACACAGUAAAAUUAAUCAACAGUUUUGAUAAUAACUUGUUUAUCAUCGCUUUUCAAGCAAAAGAAAAGAAAACAAACAAACCUGUAACUUUUUCUGGUUUCAGCUUUUCAAACGAGAUGAUUUAUAGCUUUGAUGAUACAACGACCACAGCGCUAACCUUUCAUAUACUAUGAAAAAAACAUUUGUCAGAUUAACUGAUGAGGAAAAAAGUUAGCUGCAGCUGUAGUUUGGAUUAAAAAACUGAUGAAUAUGCAGAUUUUUGGUACCGGAAACUUGCUGGUUUUUGCUGGAGGUCUGCUUUGGUCGCACCGAGGUAAACGGUCCAUUUAGAGGAUAAAAGAAGGUCUCUGUUUGCAGAACCAUUGGCUAUGUAGUGAUGAUUCCUUAGCUUUUAUUAACUUCUUUUAAUUUAUCUGCUGUGAUGAAUGGAUGAAUGAUGGAUGAAGUCUUAACCCGGAUAUCCGCUCGAAACACCCCAAACACCUGGCCGUUCCUACAGCUGGAUUUCCUGACAGCUGUAGGAUUUGCUGUUUCAUAACCCAUAUUGUAAUUUUUCUAUUUUUUCAGGUUUGUUUAUUUAAUUAUUAUCUUUGAACUGUUACAACAACAUGAAAGCUACCUAAGUACUGUUUUACCGGGUCAUCACAUCCGUAAUCUUAAUCUCUUUGAACAUUUUCAGGAUACAGUAAGCCGCAGCGUUACAUGAGAAAAUCUGAGGCUGUUGAUUUUCCUUUAGCCGCCCUGUUUUGCCCUCCCGUUACACUUUACCUCAGCCUGUCUGCGUUCACCCCUCAUUGAAAGCACUUUAUGUUUUUACGGCAUCAUCCUAUAUGUCCUCCACUUUCACCCCCUCACCCUCCUGGGAAGUUUAUUUUCUUAGGAAGGUGAUUUUCAGAAUUAAAGCCAGGAAAAAAUACAUCCUCAGUUAUUUCCCCUCCUGAAAUAAUCUGCAGCUUUCUUUCAGCUGCAUUCUUUAAUUGAUUGAUUUGAAGCUAAAUUGACCUCUGUGUGUUAGAACUGAGAGAGCGUUUGUCUGAUUCAUUCAGGGCUGAAUGAGAAGGAAGGAACUGGCUGAAUGACCUGUAUUUUUCAUUUUUCUCUUCCCCAUGAGAUGCCAUUUGUCCAGGUUUCCUUGUUGUCCAAAGCAAAUCAGAAUCAACCGCGAGAGCCUGCUAUUCGAAACAGUUUGCCCUCAAUUUGUGCGUGUCAGAUGAGUUAUUGCCCCCUUUUCACUCCCGUCUCUCGUCUGUUUUCCCAUGUAUCUAUUCAUUUCUAAAUUUCACCUCACUGUGAGUUUUAUUUCCUGCUCUCUUUCUCUUACACUCACUGAAGAUGGCCUGACAUGUGCUAAAAAAAAGGAAAAAGGACACUGCCAUGACAUCAAUUUAAAAAAAAAAAAAAAGAGUGCUUGUAAGUAAAGGCCGGGCUACGUUUAAAACAGCCGGGCAUGUUUCUGGCUGCAGAUACAUUUCUUGCAGAGUGCUGGAAAGAUUCUGACCUUCAGCUCACCGGGCCUUUUUGCACCCGUGUACCAGCAGCCAGUAGCUGGUGAUUUGUUGUUGUUGCUGUGUUUAGAGCCCAGCAGUGCUGCAAAAAAAAAAAAAAGAAAGAAAAAAAAAAAGGAAAAAAAAUCCCCCUGUUAUCUACUCGUAGGUCUUUGCAGCAGUGCACCUGUGAUGUUGUUGAACACUGUAUUAUUUUCUAUAAGCACCAUCCAUAAUUCACAUGCUCUGGCAUCAAAUAUUGAGCAGAGAGAUGGAGCUGAGAGGUCAGGAGGCUUGCUUCUCGUGUAGGGCCGAUGUAGUCUUUUCGCUUAUUUGUCUUUUACUCGCAGCCAGGUUGUUUCAUUCCUCUGCUGUCUUUUUUUUUUUUGCUGGACAUUAAAAAAAAGUGUUUCUACUGUUUUACAUUAAGCUGCAUAAGACAGAAGACACUGAACUUCUUAGCUCAUUUCCCAUCCAAUGUGAGAUGACAGAAAAUGUUCAGUGGUUGCAAAAGAAAUCUCAAACUCCAUAUUUUCCCUCAACUUUCGGCCACUGAAUGCUUUCUGGACUUACUGUAAUGCGUCCUCAGCUCAUUAGAUGCAGGCUUCAGGUUGAGGGGGGACAGCCGGAGAAGUGAGACGGCCCUUCUUCUCCCUCACAGAAGGAAACGGUGUAAAGCUUUGCAUCAGUUCAACAAAGCCUUCGUCUUAGUUUCUUUUUCUCGUUCCAGCUGAAGUGUGGAAGUGUUGCUUUUGUUGCGUGUGUGACAUCUUGCACUUGUUUAAGCGAGACCACCAUUUCAGGAACAUUGCGGGGCCUCCUCGCGGCUCUCGUCCGUUGAGAUUGUGAGAAAAAUGUUCCGUUUAUUUUGAAGACAACAAACUGAUUCUGCUUGGUUUACUCUUUGGUUUAUGCACAGCCUAGGUCCUGCAGAGGCCCUAACUUCUUUUCUUUGAGCAGUACUUUAAUGUCAAGCUAAUGGCACCAGCUACUUCUUAUGAUGAACAAACUGUAUGUACAUAGAUAUAAAUUUAUAUAUAAAUAUAUAUAAAUGGGUCUUUGCACAAGUUAUCUCCAUGUCUGCUCCGUGUGAUUUUAACAGGAAAAACAAAAUGUGAAAGAAAGUUCGGAAAAAAAAGACUUUAUAUAUGCUUUACAAUUCUUUGUCUCAUUAACAUUUUGCACUUAUUUAAAGAGGCUUACUUUCUG